AUGGAUUUUCCAAAAGAGGAAGAAGAGAUCCUUAGGGUGUGGAAGGAGAUUAAAGCUUUCGAGCGACAACUCGAGCUCUCUGAAGGAAGGCCUCGAUAUACCUUUUACGAUGGACCUCCUUUCGCGACCGGCUUACCUCAUUAUGGUCACUUACUUGCAUCCACUAUCAAAGACAUUAUCACACGAUAUUGGUCAAUGAAAGGAUAUCAUGUUGAGAGACGCGCCGGAUGGGACACACACGGUUUACCGAUUGAACAUGAGAUUGAUAAGAAAUUCGGGAUUUCUGGAAAAGAUGCUGUCAUGAAGAUGGGUCUCGCAAAAUACAACGAAGAGUGCAGAGCUAUCGUUAUGCGAUACUCGUCGGAAUGGCGCACAACAAUUGACAGAUUAGGCCGUUGGAUCGAUUUUGAUAACGAUUAUAAGACAAUGGAUACAAAUUUCAUGGAAUCGGAAUGGUGGGUGUUCAGUGAGAUCUUCAAAAAAGGAUCUGUCUACCAAGGUUAUCGAGUUAUGCCAUACUCAACAGUCCUCACCACAGCUUUGAGUAAUUUUGAAGCAAAUCAAAAUUACCAAGAUGUCACUGAUCCAGCUGUUGUCGUAUCCUUCCCAUUGUUGAAGGACCCUUCAACAUGCCUUUUGGCAUGGACAACCACACCUUGGACACUCCCAUCUCACACCGGUUUAGCCGCACACCCGAAUUUCGAGUAUAUCAAAAUCCACGACGAAGCCUCGGGAAAGAAUUAUAUCAUGUUAGAGAAACUACUGGGUACACUAUACAAGGACCCGAAGAAGGCCAAGUUCAAGAUUGUGGAAAAGAUUAAGGGCAGUGAUAUGCUUGGUUGGCAAUAUGAGCCGCUCUUCGGCUAUUUCUAUGAAGAGUUUAAGGAUGUUGGGUUCAAAGUCCUGAACGCUUUAUACGUUACCGAUGAUAGUGGUGUCGGUAUUGUUCAUCAAGCGCCUGCUUUCGGAGAGGAGGAUUACAAUAUUGCAAUGGAGGCCGGUAUCAUUAGCGAAAAAAGACCAGCUCCAUGUCCAAUCAACGAGACAGGUCACUUCACUGAGGAAGUCCCGGAAUUUGCUGGUCUACACGUCAAAGCAGCCGAUAAAGCCAUCAUCAAAUAUUUGAAGGGCACUGGACGUCUAGUUGUUGAAUCAUCUAUCAGGCAUAGUUAUCCUAUGUGCCCACGAUCAGACACCCCUUUGAUUUACCGAGUUGUUCCUUCUUGGUUUAUCAGAAUUCCCGAAAUCGUUCCUGCUAUGUUAAAGAAUAUCGAAGGUUCGCACUGGACCCCCUCAUUUGUUAAAGAAAAGCGAUUUGCUAGUUGGAUUGAAAAUGCCCGUGACUGGAACGUUUCGCGAAACAGAUAUUGGGGCACUCCAAUUCCCAUCUGGGUAAGCGAUGAUUACGAGGAGAAGGUAUGUAUCAGUAGCAUCGCCGAGUUGAAGGAACUCAGUGGCUACGAAGGCGAGCUUACCGACCUCCAUCGAGACAAGAUCGACCACAUCACCAUUCCUAGUAAAAUGGGUAAGGGGCAACUGAAGCGUAUUGAGGAAGUCUUCGAUUGUUGGUUCGAGUCUGGCAGUAUGCCAUAUGCCAGUCAACAUUAUCCCUUCGAGAACAAGGAGAAAUUUGAGCAAUCUUUCCCUGGUGAUUUUAUUGCUGAAGGUCUGGAUCAAACCAGAGGAUGGUUCUACACUCUGCUUGUUUUGGGCACCCAUCUAUUCGGUGUUUCACCUUUCAAGAAUUGUGUUGUCAACGGAAUCGUGCUUGCAGAAGAUGGCAAGAAAAUGUCAAAACGUCUGAAGAAUUAUCCUGAUCCUAGCAUCGUCAUGGACAAAUAUGGUUCUGAUGCUUUGCGUUUAUAUCUCAUUAACUCCCCAGUUGUGAGAGCUGAGCCCUUGCGUUUCAAGGAAGCUGGAGUCAAGGAAGUUGUGAGCAAGGUUCUUCUUCCUCUAUGGAACAGUUAUAAAUUUUUCGAAGGACAGGUGACACUAUUAAAGAAGAUGGAGAACGUUGAUUAUGUCUUCGAUCCUGCUGCCGAGGCUACUAAUACUAACGUCAUGGAUCGAUGGAUUCUUGCUAGUUGUCAGAGUUUACUCAAGUUUGUCAAUCAGGAGAUGGCGGGCUACCGUCUCUACACCGUGGUUCCCCGAUUAUUGGAUCUUAUUGACAAUACCACGAAUUGGUACAUUCGAUUCAAUCGUAAACGUCUAAAGGGUGAAUUUGGGUUAGAUGACACUAAGCAUGCCCUUAACACCCUCUUCGAAGUUCUCUUUACCUUGGCAAGAGGACUUGCGCCUUUCACACCGUUCCUUACAGACAACAUUUAUAAACGUCUACUGCCUCACAUCCCUCAAGAUAUACAAGCCGAAGAUCCACGAAGUGUACAUUUCUUGGCCUUCCCUGAUGUUAGAGAGGAACUCUUCGAUGUGGAGGUUGAACGCCGUGUGGGUCGCAUGCAACGUGUUAUCGAGUUAGGCAGAGUUUCUAGAGAACGUCGCACAAUUGGUCUCAAGACUCCUCUCAAAACAUUGAUUGUCAUUCACCACGACCCAGUUUAUCUGGAAGAUGUUCGUUCUUUGGAAAGCUACAUCACCGAAGAGCUUAAUAUCAGAGAACUUGUACUCACCUCGGACGAAGCAAAGUACAAUGUACAAUACAGUGUUAAUGCUGAUUGGCCAGUCCUUGGAAAGAAGUUGAAGAAGGAAGUGCAGAAGGUCAAGAAGGCCUUACCAGCAAUAACCAGUGAACAAGUCCACAAUUACGUGCUAGAGAAGUCGAUCAUUGUCGACGGUAUCAAGCUCGAAGAAGGGGAUUUGGUUGUUAAGCGAGGUCUUAAGGAUGACGAAUCCUCCAAGAACCUUGAGACCAACACAGAUGAGGAUGUUCUUACUAUCUUAGAUGUAGAGCUCCAUGCAGAUCUCGCAGAUGAAGCGUUGGGACGAGAGAUCAUUAAUCGGGUACAAAGAUUGCGCAAGAAGGCUGGUCUUCAACCAACCGACGAUAUCAAGAUGGAGUACAAAGUCCUAGAAGAUCCUUCGAGCAUCGGUCUCCGUGAAGCCUUCACGAGUCAGGCAAAUGCAAUCGAGAAGGCAUUGCGAAGACCUCUGCAGGAAGCCGAAGGAAGUGCAGUAGAAGAGGGUGUUAUUCUGGAAGAGGAACAAGAGAUUCAGAAAGCCACAUUUUCGCUCAGAUUGUUGAAGUUAUGA